GCGAAUUAUUGAUUUUGCGAAGCCAUGAAAAGAGAAUAGCAUAGCAUUCUAUGAGAGUAGAUGAGAAAUAUAGAUAAAAGCAUGGGAGACACUGCAAUCUUGAGCGAUUUAGAUACCGACUGUCACAAAAUAGUUUUUUGCGAACAUAAUCUUACCAGCUGUCAACUAAUAAGUUUUGUUUAAGGUUACCGUUUUAGAUAAAACUAUCUACUUAUUCAUCUACUUCUUAAAUAUUGUAAACCAGAACUAUUAUCAAGGACCUUACGUUCAUAAUGGUCAAUUUUUUAUGACCUUUGCCCUCUAAAUUGAAAUUUUUCGAUAUUUUUCCAUUUUGUACGUAAUUUCUUUUUUAAUUUUGAAGGAUUUUAAGAUGACGAACUCUUAUAUUGUGAAUACUCCAAGUGGACAAUAUACAAUUCAACAACAACCUACAUGCGUUACCGGUGUUCAGCAGCCUCAGCAAAUUAUCCAUCAUUUAGUACCGCAACAGCGACCUGCGCAGAGCUCUUUUAGUGGCGGUGUUGUUCAUCACAACGAGAGACCUUUGGUUCGUGGGAAAACUUCGCCUUAUGGAUUUUUUGUCAAAAUGUGUUAUGAGGAACAUAAAAAGAAGUAUCCUAAUGAAUGUGUUCAAGUGACUGAAAUUUCAAAGAAAUGCUCGCAGAAAUGGAAGGAGAAAAAGCGAUUUUUUGAAUUGGCACAAAAGGAUGCUGAACGUUACCAAGCCGAAGUUGCAGCGUAUGGAGGUGAAGAUGUGCUUAAGAAAAAGAAGCGUGCCAAAAAGGAUCCAAAUGCGCCGAAGCGAGCUUUGUAUGUUACGGCAAAGUGCUUUAAACUUUUCUUUUUUAGGUCUGCUUUUUUCUUCUUUUCGAAUGAUAAACGUCAAGAAGUAUCUGGUGAACACCCAGAAUGGAAGGUUGGUCAGAUUGCACAAGAACUUGGUCUGCGUUGGAAGGCGUUAUCAGAUGAUGAACGGAUUGUUUUUGAGAAAAAGGCGCAAGAAGAUAAGGAACGAUAUGCAGAGAUGGGUGAUCAGAAGUCACCAGAGCGUCUCAUGCAGAGCUCUAUGGCAUCUACUACAACUACAAUGGUUACUUCUCGUCAACCCCAAAUGGUUAUUGUUCAGCAACAAGGCCAACCGGGACAAUUACCAAUGCAGAUUUUAGAGGAGCAUGUUGCUACUUCACACGGUCAAUAA